CGAAAAAUGGGCUGCCGUUUCCCCGGAACCUCGAACGACCAGCUAGUUCAGAAUCUAGUCUCAUAAUUUUUCAUCAGUGGGGCCCCAUUCUUUUCCACUGGCCCAGAGGUCCAAGAAGCUCGUCAAACCGUUAAGAAUUUGAGGAGAUCGACUUGCACGGGCGCUAAGGCUGGGUGCUACCGCGGUGUAUUCGUUUAUGGCUGCGAAACAUGCCCACAAAACACUCAAAAUGGUCAGGGACAUCGAAGAAGAGCGAGAAAGGUGUCAAGAGUGGCUUGAGGAACGGGAAAAGAGAGGGUCGUGGUAGACGGAACGGGGUAACCAAGGGUGCGCAGUUGGUGUCGCAGGAGGAUGUUGCUGUUGAAAGGACAACAAUGCUACUGGAAAGACAGGCUGAGUUGGAUCAGAUUAUGGACGCACAUGAUACGAUGGUGCGGGAGGUUUUUCACUUGGAGAAGUUUGUGACUCUCAUUGAAUAUGACCCAUCUUAUAAGUCAGACUAUGACCUGCUUGAAAAAGCCUCUACAUCGGCAGGUCCAUCGCGUGCUACAAGGAGGGCUCAUAUCGAGCGCGUUCAAAAUCUUACUGCACCACUUUUACCUUCCACGGCUUCUCGAGUGCACACCGAGCCGGAAUUACCCCUCUCCGCUAAAUCAAAGGGGAAACAAAAGGCGGUUGAUUCCGUCAAUGGUACUGCGCCCAUUGAGUCAGUUACGCCGAAUAAGCCUGGGAAAAGCAAACCUAUAUCUCAGCCUCCGAAACUUCGAGCUCUGGCUCCGAUUUUGCCUGUGGAUGGUGAGGCUUCUGUCUCCAUGGGACCUGUACGUGGCAAGAAGAGGAAUAUCACUGCUGCUUCCCCCACGGGUUCACCCGCUCGGAAAUUCCAGGAUGGACUCGCAUCGGAAGUGGCGGAGAUUCCUAAUGUCUUAGGGUACAAGUCGACUGGGCCAGAUGAUGUGGCGUUGGAUCUCUCCCAGAUUUCUGCUCGUCGCAAGUCUUUGCGACAUCCUCCAGCUAUGAUACGAGAACCACCAACACUUUUCCAACUUCCCAGUGAAGUUGAACCGCCACAAUCACAAUUUAAUAUCAGACGCGUCAAGCUCAUAGUGCGACCACCACCUCCAUUGUACUCUAAUCCCCGCCAGCAACCUCCUCGACCUCGGUUCCAUUCCUCGCUCUCCGGCUUUUUGAACUCAUAUGUCUCCAUCAAUGACUCAGACCUACGUGAGGAUGAUCUAAAUCUUAUGGUCCAGAAGAAGGUUGCACUGCUGGAUAAGAUGGAAAGCUUCCGGCAACAGGGUCGGCUCAUUAUGUCCAAAACAAGGGGUGGCGUAGGUUUCCACGAACCAAAGCAAUGUCGCGACACUUGGGAUGUGAUCUUAGAAGCCAUCACUCAACGCUCCCGACGGGAGCAGGUGAAAGGUCGAGUUAUCGCUGCACAGAUAUCGACCCGAAUUAAGGCGCAAAAAUGCACUGAAGAGAGAAGACUUCGUGCGUUGGCGAAGGCAACUGUCAAAGUAGUCACUAGUGAAUGGAAAAAGGCUGUCUUCCACAUUCGGGAACAGCAUCGACUACGCGCAGAGGCUGAGGAAAGGCGCCGUGGUCAUGAGCAUCUGGAUGCUAUCCUCGAUCGGUCUGGUCAUAUAUUGGAAACUCAGCAAGCAGAACUCGCCAGAGGUGAUAUGUCUCGCAGCAGAUCGAGCAGUGUUUCUGGUCACUUCCUGGAACCAGGAUUCGACUCUGAAGGUUCGGAAAAUUCGGAGUCUGAAGUGGAUGAGGGAGAUGUAGACGGUGUGGAGCAACAAUUUUCGUCGCAGGCGAGUGACCGAGAUACAGAGAAUGCUGAGGAAGAAGAGGAAGAAGAAAGCACUAAGUAUGAAGAAGAGGAGGAUGAGGAGGACGGGACCAGUGCGUCGGCAUUACUGGGGCCAUCACUCCCUCGGUUUGAAGUUGAUGAUACUUCGAGCGCCACCUCCCAAGCUGGUGCCAAUCUACUGGAUGCUGAGAUGAAUGAUGAAGAAGAGUCGGAGGCUAUUUUGUCUGUUGUGGCCAUGGAGUCACCUUCGCCUAUCCCUUUCAGUCUACCGAUGUCUCGGGAGACUCCUACCGACUCUGACUCCGUUUUGCACGAGCACACGACCGAAGACUACAGGUCUCCCCAUUUCGAGAGUUUCAACGACGCGCCUUCACCAGCCAGCACUGUUGCUGGUCAUGAAGAGGAACCUAUAUCGAAUUUUGAUGGCAGUAAGGGGAUGAAGAUGACAGUUACUGAAUCUACUUCGGACACUUUGGCUUCAGGUGCUGACGACGUUGAUAUGGGUCAAGCCACUGAACGGUUUGAAACACCAUCUUCUCGCCCCCCAUCCUCUACCUUUGGUAUGGAAGUCGAUGAGUCUGAGUUACUUGACGAAGCAGAGGACAUUCAUCAACAAGAAGACAACAUACCAGACUAUCUCAAACCGUACGCCGUUGCGCCGGUCCAUUGGGACACUGAAUACAAGGUGAAAGUUCCCGUACUAUUACGGGGUGUCCUCCGUCCAUACCAGCAGUCCGGUUUGGAAUGGCUUGCAAGCCUCCAUGUCAACAAUCUAAACGGCAUACUUGCUGAUGAAAUGGGAUUGGGGAAAACUAUACAGACAAUAUCACUCCUUGCUCAUCUAGCUUGUGACCGUGGAAUAUGGGGUCCGCAUCUUAUUAUUGUCCCGACAAGUGUCCUCCUAAACUGGGAAAUGGAAUUCAAGAAGUUUCUGCCUGGGUUCAAAACUCUGAGUUACCACGGAUCCACGAAACGCCGCAAGGAGCUCCGCCAAGGGUGGUACAAUAAGCACCACUUUAAUGUCUGCAUAACAUCAUACACGCUCGCCAGUCGCGAUGCUCACAUAUUCAAGCGCAAAGCUUGGUAUUACAUGAUACUGGAUGAAGCUCAUAUGAUCAAAAAUUUCAAGUCCCAACGAUGGAAUAUUCUCUUAAUGUUCCGCUCCUUUCGGCGUCUUCUCCUGACUGGUACCCCGCUACAAAACAAUCUAACUGAGUUGUGGGCACUUUUGCAAUUCCUGAUGUCCGGUACCAACUUCGCCAACCUCAAAGAGUUUGGCGAAUGGUUUUCAAAUCCCUUGGAGAAAGCGAUUGAGAUGGGCACCUUGUUGGAUGACGAAAAUAUGCAACGCGUGACCAAACUCCACACAGUUCUCCGUCCCUAUCUACUCCGCCGUCUCAAACGUGACGUUGAGAAAGAGCUCCCCAGCAAGUACGAGCACCUCGUUCUGUGCCCCUUAUCCAAGCGGCAGCGGUUUCUCUACGACGAGUUCAUGGAACGUGCGCAUACCAGAGACGCCUUACAAUCUGGCGUGUACCAGAAGAUUGCAAAUAUUCUCAUGCAGCUCCGCAAAGUCUGUAAUCAUCCAGAUCUUUUUGAAGUCCGUCCGAUCGUGACAUCUUUCGCUAUGACGCGUUCCGUCGCCGCAGAUUUCGAGAUCAAGGAACUACUAGUUCGACGAGAGCUUCUUCGGGCGAGUGAUGAAGACAGUAUUAAUCUUGAUGUUCUUGGCCUGCGGUUUAUCGAUCAGCAAAACGUACCCCUACUUUCUGCUCUAGAGACGCGGCGCCUUGAUGCGACGCAUCGGCUCCCACUCAUCUCAGAAAUGCCUGAGGAGCCACCACCAAAGGACACUCGUACCAUUCAAGGAUAUCGUACUUACUAUGCAUACCAACAGCGGGUUGCACAAAUAGCUCGCUGGGCACAAAUCGGUUAUCUCAAUAGCCUGCGCUGUGCCGGGUUACCGGUCUACAGUCAAGAGCUGUUGACUAUUGCUAAGCAGUGUCAUCGACCUAUUCUUCCCCUUUCCGCAUUGGAUAUCGGUCAUCGUUUCAUGGACACGGCUCUGCCCCUUCAUUCGGCGGUCAAGACUUACGCAGACCGGACUAAAGAGCUACAGCCUGUGGUCGAAAGGUUCGCUUUCGUCACUCCAGCUGCAGUUGCUUUGGACCUACCUCGUUUCGCCCUGGCAGGAUGCGAGCACGUUAUAUCUCGUCAGUCAUCUGACUUCGAUAGCGUCCUGCAUCAUGCGAGCGUCAAGCUGCAAAUAGCAUUCCCAGAUCCAUCCCUUCUACAAUAUGAUUGUGGUAAACUGCAAGAACUCAGUCGCCUUCUCCGACAGAGAAAGUUAGAAGGACACCGUGUUCUCAUCUUCACACAGAUGACAAGGAUCUUGGAUAUCCUGGAAAUUUUCCUCAACUUUCAUGGCUAUCUCUAUCUUCGCCUUGAUGGAGCCACCAAAAUCGAAGACAGGCAAUAUAUCACUGAGCGGUUCAAUGCAGACUCUAGGAUUUUUUGCUUCAUUUCUUCCUCUCGGUCGGGUGGAGUGGGUAUCAAUCUUACUGGAGCAGACACCGUCAUCUUCUAUGAUAGCGACUUCAACCCCCAAAUGGACAAACAGUGCGAGGAUCGUGCUCAUCGUAUCGGUCAGAUAAGAGACGUCCACAUCUACCGAUUUAUCUCUGCACAUACGGUUGAAGAAGCCAUGUUGUUGAAAGCUAAUCAGAAGCGCUCUUUGGACGAUCUUGUCAUCCAAAAAGGCGAAUUUGACUGGCGAUCCCUGUUUGAUGACCAAGGAGCUCUAUCGAAGGCGCUAGUUGAAUUUGAGGACAAGGAAGAUGUGCAUGCUGCCACUGUAGCCGCAAGAGAAGAAGACGUCAUGGAAGGCGCUGAUCAAGCUGACUUUGGUGCUGAGGGAGAAAUUAAUGCCCCCCUAAACGACGGAAGGUUAACAAAUAAUGCGGAGGAAGGUCAGCCUACUGGUAAGGAAAUGUUGGAUGUUUCAGAGAUGGACCAAGUUGCAGAGGAAGAGGACGAAGGAGGGGCUGUAUCGGAUUACAUGAUUAACUUUGUCCGGAUGGAUUACGACUUCUUCAGAGAUUGGCGGCUAUGAUGGCAACCUCGUAUUCUGUAGAUACUUGUGUUGUUUGUACUGUUGCUUCUUCCCAUUGCUAUUUAUCAAAUUAUAUAUGUCGGUACUUAUCGAAAAGUACAAGUACUGUUGAUGA